AUGGCUGCGAAUGCUUCAAAAUUAUUUGGGAAACUAGGUGUGGCUGGAUUGGCGCUUGCAACUGCUGUCGGAGUCGCUCAGACUGCUUUAUAUAAUGUUGAUGGUGGUCAGAGAGCAGUGAUAUUUGACCGUUUUUCUGGUGUAAAAGAAACCGUUGCCGGUGAGGGAACUCAUUUUUUGAUUCCUUGGGUACAGCGACCAAUUAUUUUCGAUAUUCGCUCAACUCCACGAGUUAUUACAACUAUUACUGGUAGUAAAGAUUUACAAAAUGUCUCAAUUUCUUUACGUAUCUUGCAUCGACCAGAACCGAGCAAAUUGCCUAGUAUUUACUUAAAUAUUGGUCAAGAUUAUGCUGAGCGGGUUCUUCCUUCCAUUACGAAUGAAGUUCUUAAAGCUGUUGUCGCACAGUUUGACGCUCAUGAAAUGAUAACUCAACGAGAAACAGUUAGUCAUCAAGUAUCUUUGGAAUUAUCGGAAAGAGCUAAACAAUUUGGCCUACUUUUAGACGACAUUGCCAUUACUCAUCUUUCAUUCGGCCGAGAGUUUAGUGAUGCUGUCGAGUUGAAACAAGUUGCCCAACAAGAAGCUGAGAAAGCUCGUUAUCUUGUUGAAAUAGCCGAACAGAUGAAAAUUGCUGCUAUCACAACAGCAGAAGGUGACGCUCAGGCUGCCAAGUUACUUGCUCAAGCUUUCAAAGAUGCUGGAGAAGGUUUGAUUGAACUGAGAAAAAUUGAAGCAGCUGAAGAAAUCGCUGAUAGGAUGGCUAAAUCUAAGAAUGUUGUUUACCUUCCUGGAAAUCAAAAUACGCUAUUCAGUUUACCUACGAUUUAG